GAAUUUCACAAGACUGUGAAGUUCAUUUGUAACUCCAUAUUUUUAUGUUCAGAAUAUGAAGAUGCGAAGCUGCAAAUUCAUUCUACGCCUUUCUUAUGGCAUAAUUCAGUCUAAACAUAGCCUUCAUAUUGAUAUUUAUAGUAUUAAUAGAGUCUGAAUUUUCCAAACACAUUAUAGUAUUAAUGCCAAAUUCAGUGUGCUGCCUGGAUGAUUUUGCUGUUGCCCUGUCCCUGGUGUUCUGCUUGAAACUCAAGCACAUAUUAUGUUGGUGACAUUCUUAAGGAUACUUCAUUUUUGUGUUUGCAUAACAGGUCAAUUCUGAAGUUGGGUCCUGCUUGGUAUCCAAAAGUGGUUCAGGUGAAGGUUUAUCUGGUGGUUAUCUGGCUGGAGCUCUGGGUAAGACUUAUGCAACUUCUUGUGCCAAGUUGUCUGAAGAUCAGCUGAAAGACAAUACACCUGUCUCUGAUAUGUUAAUUGAUUCAUUUGGACGGAUGCACAGUUACCUGAGGAUAUCAUUGACAGAACGUUGCAAUUUACGGUGUCAGUACUGCAUGCCGGCUGAGGGAGUGGAGCUUACUCCUAACCCACAACUGCUUUCACAAGCUGAAAUUGUCCAUUUGGCUAAUCUCUUUGUUACUUCUGGGGUCAACAAAAUUCGUUUAACUGGUGGUGAGCCAACUAUUCGGAAGGAUAUCGAGGAAAUUUGUUUGCAGCUGUCCAACUUGAAAGGACUUAAAACACUGGCAAUGACCACCAAUGGGAUUGCUCUUGCAAGAAAACUUCCAAGGCUGAAAGAAUGUGGCCUUACUUCCAUAAAUAUUAGUUUAGAUACUUUGGUCCCUGCAAAAUUUGAAUUUCUUACAAGGCGUAAAGGACAUGAAAAGGUUAUGAACUCUAUCGAUGCAGCUAUAGCCCUCGGAUACAAUCCUGUCAAAGUGAACUGUGUUGUGAUGCGUGGAUUUAAUGAUGAUGAGAUCUGUGAUUUUGUGGACUUGACACGGGAAAAGCCAAUUAAUGUUCGGUUCAUUGAGUUUAUGCCCUUUGAUGGAAAUGUUUGGAAUGUGAAGAAACUUGUGUCUUACUCAGAAAUGUUCCAUAUAGUGGUAAAGAAAUUUUCAGACUUAAAGAGACUGCAGGAUCACCCAACUGACACCGCCAAGAAUUUCAAGAUAGAUGGGCAUUGUGGUACUGUAUCUUUCAUUACAUCAAUGACUGAGCAUUUUUGUGCGGGUUGCAAUAGAUUAAGACUUCUGGCUGAUGGAAACUUUAAAGUUUGCCUCUUUGGCCCUUCUGAGGUUAGCCUAAGAGAUCCACUCCGUUGUGGUGCUGAUGAUCAGGGGCUUAGGGAAAUAAUUGGAGCUGCGGUCAAGAGGAAAAAGGCUUCACAUGCUGGAAUGUUUGACAUUGCAAAGACGGCAAAUAGACCUAUGAUACAUAUCGGUGGCUAAAGGUUCCAUGGAGCUAACUUGCAUCAGAAAGUACCAUUCUCUUAUACAGAUGAUGCUGUGGUAUGUAUACCGAUUUACAGCCGGUUGCUUUUGAGCUCUGCUUGCAGUUUCUUUAAUUGAAUUAGAAGCUGUUGAUGCAGUAUAUUAGCAGGGAAUGCAAGACUUGGACAAGUUUACUAUAGAAGAGUUUUUUUUCUUUCUGGAUCCCCAAGUAAAGGAUGUGAUCAAUGUCUUUACAUGACACAAUGACACAGAUUAUUACAUUCUUGUAAUUUAUCUCUAUCCUCAAGUUAAUUUGAAAUGAGAAAUUAAAUUAUUCUAGAAUA